CACCCAUCAGAUUGAGGGGAAGAGACGACAGCUCUACCUACCUAAUUCUCCCCCCUUCACUAUAUUCCGUACUCCAUACCCGCAAUCCAUAUUACCCUUCCUUCCCCACACGCCUCAGAUUUUCCCGCCGUCAGGUCCACUCAGUUCGUCCCGCGUGAUGGAGCGUGUAUGACCGCUCUACCCUUUUCAUCCGCGGAUUUCUUUCCGUUCUCCUCCUCCUCCCGUCCUGCCGCCCACCCCGACCUGCCCUUGCCGACGUACAGGACACUUCCAGAUAUGUCCUCCUCCGAUCGCGCAAGUCGCGGCCGUGCGAAAUGGGACCCCCUCUCGGACGAAUCGCUGGCGCCCCUCCGCGAGUAUAAAUACACCAGCGUUGACAAGUCUCCGUUCUCAUACUACGUCCUUCGACCAUACUGGAACUUCGUCGUCGAGCUGCUGCCGCUAUGGCUGGCGCCGAACCUGGUGACCCUGUUGGGGUUCAUGGCCAUCUUGGGCAACGUGGGAUUGCUAGGGAUGUAUAUCCCGGAUUUGAUAGGACCGGCAUCACCAUGGCUAUACUAUAGCUUCGCUGCGGGCGUUUGGUUCUACUCGACGAUGGACAAUAUAGACGGCAAGCAAGCACGACGCACGGGGACAUCCAGCCCACUGGGCGAACUUUUUGACCACGGGAUCGAUUCCCUGAACUGCACGCUCGCCAGCCUGCUCGAGACGGCCGCCAUGGGCUUCGGCGCCACCCGACCUGGAGCGUUCACCGCGCUGGUGCCGUGCUUGCCCAUGUUCUUCUCCACGUGGGAGACCUACCAUACGCACACGCUAUACCUGGGUUAUUUCAACGGACCGACCGAGGGUCUCACGAUCGCCGCGCUGAUGAUGGUGUUUUCCGGUUACUUCGGGCCGGGGAUCUGGAGCGAGCCGCUGGCGGGCUUCGUGCCGGUCCUGGGGAGCCUGCUCGGCGAGACGACCUCCGUGAAAGAUGUGUGGGUCCCGUUCCUCACCAUCAUGUUCCUCGUGUCCCAUCUCCCUGCCUGCAUCUACCACGUCGUCCAAGCGCGGCGCGCCAAGAACCUCCCCGUGUGGACCACCUUCUUGGAGUGGUUCCCCAUGGGCGUCUUCUGGGCCGGAUGCCUCUCCUGGCUGCAGUCGCCGCACUCCUCCCUCCUCCGCGAAAACCACCUCAUCCUGUUUUGCCUGACCAUGAGCCUCGUGUUCGGCCGCAUGACCACGAAGAUCAUCCUCGCCCAUCUCACCCGCCAGCCUUUCCCCAUGUGGACCGCCAUGCUCACCCCGCUUAUCGCCGGCGCCGCGAUCGGGAACCUGCCCCUCGUCGGCCUCCCGCCCAUCCGACCCGACCUCGAGCUGUGGUAUCUUCGCGCGUACUUCUUGUACGCAUCCGUCGUCUACGGCCGCUGGGCCGUGCUGGUGAUCGAGGCGUUCUGCCGGUUCCUCGGCAUCAAGGCGCUGACAGUGCCCCCAGAAAAGGUGCAGGCCGCCAAGGCGAAGCAGGAGUCGGCGAAUGGGUACGCGUCGCCGCCUGCGAACCGCCAGCGCUCCAGAGGCUCGGUCCGACGGCGCGAGGUCUAGACCCACGAUUUCGCACUCCCCUUGUCGAAUCCGCGUGCUCGGAUGGCGAGGUGGGGUGGAUGUUCGGGGAGAAUCACGAGUUACUCCCCGGAGAGAGAGAUGGAUAGGUUUGCAUAUUUUUUGAAAAUAGCGUUCGGCAUCCGCGCCAGCUGUCCGGCUGUCAUACCUAUACCCCAUAGCAUCCAAUGUUCAUAGAUAACCGCCGCCCGAG